UCAACAUUUUCUUCCGUUGAGGUCAUUAUGGUCCGCAAAUAUCAAGCCCGGCCCAAAUUACAUUCUCAGGUUCAUGCUUAGAGAGAGAGAGAGAGAGAGAGAGAGAGAGCUAGGGUUUUUCUCUAAAGCCCUAGACUGAGCAAAUCAAGAGUUUUGAAAAUGGGGUUACCUUCGAAGCGGUCGAAAGCGCAAGACAGCGACAGUGAUUUCGAAGAUUACGAUGAUGAUGACAUGGAUAACGACAAUCUAAGUCAUGAAGAUGAUGAAGAUGAAGAUGAAGAUGAAGGAGAAGAAGGUGAAGAGGAAGAGGGAGAUGAAGAGGGAGGUAGUGGAAGAGAUGCGGAGAUCGAAGAGCUUGAGAAAGAGUAUGAGGGUCUUCAGCGACAGGAGAUAGAUAUUUUAAAGGAUUUGAAGCGUCACAAAGAUGAAGAUCUUCUUAAGGGUCAGGCUGUGAAAAACCAAAAGGUUAUCUGGGACAAAGCUCUGGAGUUCAGAUUCUUACUUCAGAAAGCAUUCUCAAGUUCAAAUAGACUACCCCAGGAUCCAGUUAGGUCUUCAUUCUGUGAUUCAGAUGAGGGCGUCAAUGCAGCAUAUUCAGAUUUGAUCACCUCAUCUAAGAAGACCUUAGAUUCUCUAUUGGGACUACAAGAGGCUUUGCUUGAGAAGAAUCCUUCUAUUGCUCAAUCCACAGAUGGUAAUUCUGGAAACUCAUCCAAUCAUUCAGAAGCUUCUAAGAACUCGAAUGCUGAAGGAGAUGAAGAUUGGUCACAGGUUUCUCAAAUGCAUAUGAGAAUAGCUUCCUUCAGAGACAAAGCAAUAGAUAAAUGGCAGAGGAAGACACAGGUGACAACUGGUGCUGCUGCUAUUAAAGGCAAGUUGCAAGCUUUUAAUCAGAAUAUUAGUCAGCAAGUUGCUGCUUAUAUGAGAGAUCCAAGUAGAAUGGUCAAGCAGAUGCAACUGAGGAGAUCAACAGUCAGCAUAUUUGGGAGUGGUUCUGAGGGGGAGGGAAAUGCUGGGGGAGAGGAAGUACAAGCUGAUGGUGACCCUGAACUUCUCGAUGACUCUGAAUUUUACCAGCAAUUACUGAAGGAAUUCUUUGAGACGAUUGACCCGACAUCAUCUGAGACAGCAUUUUAUGCUUUGAAAAGGUUGCAAACUAAGAAGAGAAAGAUAGUCGAUCGGCGUGCAUCAAAGAGUCGCAAGAUAAGGUAUCAAGUUCAUGAAAAGAUUGUCAAUUUCAUGGCUCCUCUGCCUUGUGAUCUUCCUCCUCUGGCUCCUAAAUUAUUUGAGAACUUGUUUGGGUUAAAGACCCAAAAUUCUAGUUAGUACUGAUGCAAAGUUGAGCAAUUUUGUAAUAUUAGUUGACAUAAUUUUUUGUUUUUCAUAUUGUUGACUUGACGCUUGAUAUAUGUGAUAUGGUUACCCCCCA